UUCCCACUUACAUCUCCACCUCGCCUGUCACCUCUGUCUCUCUCUCUCUCUCUUUUUUUUUUUCUGCUGAAAAUCUCUGCACCCACCACUCAUCACUGCAUACACAUAUACUUCACUCCACUUCUCUUUCUUCUCUCCCCCCACAUAAGCAAACCUCAACAAAUGUCUCCGCCUCUUACCAAGCCCACCGCCUCUUUAUUCUCCUCCGCUUCUAAGCCGCCGCCACCUAUUUGCACUUUUCUCUUCUUCCUCCUCUGCAUUCUCGGCUUCUAUGCUCUCUACCACCCUCACCCCGCGCCUGGAAGCCCCCAAUCUUACAUCGGUUACCGCAAACUUUUCCUGUCUCUUUCCACCAACUCUACCGUCGCUUCCUACCUCCGCUCUCUCACCCUCCACCCUCACCUCGCCGGAACCCAACAAUCUCUUAACACCACUGAUUACGUUUACUAUCAUUUCAAGGAUUUUAAUCUCGAGACUCAUAGAGUGGAGUACACGGCGCUUCUUUCGUAUCCUGUGCACGCCUCGCUUAUCGCGCUUUUCGCCAACGGUAGCACCGUUAGUUUUUCAUUGAGUGAGAUUUCUGGGAAAGUCGGUCCGGACGUCGUUCCGCCGUACCAUGCUUAUUCUCCGUCAGGUUCGGCGCAUGCUAAGGUGGUGUUUAUUAAUUACGGGCGUGAAGAGGACUACCGUUCGCUUGGAGCGCUGGGGGUGAGCGUUAACGGAUGCGUGGUUUUGGCGAGGAAAGGUGGUGGGUUGAGUAGAGGGGGAGUGGUUAAAUUAGCUGAAUCUAAAGGUGCGCUGGCAGUGCUGUUGUACGCGGAGGAGGAUGGGAAGAGAGGAGGAAGAGGAGGAGUAGAGCGAGGGACUGUUAUGAGGGGAGUGGGGGACCCACUCAGCCCAGGGUGGCCAAGAGUCGAAGGAGGAGAAAGGUUGGGCUUGGAGGAUAGUGAGGUUGUGAAAAGGUUCCCCAAAAUCCCAUCCAUGCCCUUGUCCUUCGAGAAUGCUGACGUCAUAUUGCGGUCCCUAGGAGGUCCUAUGGUGCCGAGGGAUUGGAGGGAUUCGGGUCUGACUAGGGUUGGGCCUGGUCCGACCAUGGUCAACUUCACUUACCAGGGUGAGAGAAAGGAAAGGACAAUCCAUAAUGUCUUUGCUGUCAUAAGGGGAUCAGAAGAGCCUGAUCGUUAUGUGAUACUUGGCAACCAUAGAGAUGCAUGGACAUAUGGGGCUGUUGACCCUAACAGUGGGACUGCUGCGUUACUUGACAUUGCUCGACGAUAUUCUCUUUUGAUGCGGAUGGGAUGGACUCCUCGAAGAACAAUUAUCCUAUGUAGUUGGGAUGCAGAAGAGUUCGGGAUGUUAGGAUCUACUGAGUGGGUUGAACAGAACCUUGUCAAUUUGGGUGCCAAAGCAGUGGCCUAUCUCAAUGUAGAUUGUGCAGUUCAAGGGCCAGGAUUCUUUGCUGGUGCAACUCCGCAGCUAGAUAAUUUACUUCGUGAGGUUACAAAGAAGGUCAAGGAUCCCGACUCUGAGGGUGCAACAAUUUUUGAGAAUUGGGCAGCAACAAAUCAAGCGAUUAAUAUCCAGAGACUCAGUGGAGUUGAUUCUGACUUUGCCCCAUUUCUUCAACAUGCAGGAGUUCCUUCGGUUGAUAUAUACUAUGGAAAAGAUUUCCCUGUGUAUCACACCGCUUUUGAUUCCUAUGACUGGAUGAUAAAUUACGGAGAUCCUUUAUUUCGUCGUCAUGUGGCUGUUGCUGGAGUAUGGGGACUUGUAGCCCUUCACCUGUCUGAUGAUUCUAUUCUUCCUUUUGAUUACUUAUCUUAUGCAGAGCAAUUACUGGGACAUAAAGAUGUCUUGAGCACUUUAUUGGAUCAAAGCAUAUCUCUUGAUCCUUUAAUCACUUCAAUUCAAGGACUCGCCUUGGCUGCUAAAGAAGCUGAAGACGAAGCAAGGCAACUGAGCGGGCAAGCAAGUGGGGGUGACAAUGUAGCCUUGAAGCUGCGUGCAUUAAAUGACCGGCUGAUGCUUGCCGAAAGAGGCUUCUUGGAUGCAGAUGGGCUGCAAGGCCGACAUUGGCAUAAGCAUCUUAUUUAUGGGCCUCCUGGUGAUUACAAAAGUAAACUGGAUUUCUUCCCGGGUAUAGCGGAUGCUAUUUCUGGUUCCGCGAGCAUGAGUCGUAAGGAUCGGCACGCAGCAAUUCAGCAUGAGAUAUGGAGAGUUGCCAGAGCCAUUCAAAGGGCUACUAGUGCUCUUAAAGGACAACUCACUUAAGAAAAUUGGUUGGAAAAAGUUGUCUACCCUCGGGAAGCAUCAACUUGUAUAUUCGAGUUUCUUGUAAAUUUUUAUGGUUCUCUAAUUUACAUGAAAUCUCAGUCUAAAGAUGGCAGAGUUCUGGACUUUGUAAAUUAGGCUGCUUUUGGCAUUAUGGUAGAGGAGGAAAAGUACAGGUUUCAAUUAAAAAAUCAGUUUCUUUUGUGUUUGGUUGAAGGGAGGAGAGUUUAGGCGUUUGAAGCUCAGGCUUCAGAGAAGCAACAAAAAGUAUGCUUUUCAAUGGCCAGAUUUAAUUUUUGUGAGUUUAAAAAUGUCCUCUGAAGAUUUAGUGAAGUGAAAAUUACUAUUGGGAUCCGAUA